AUGUCAAAAUUUCCCUCAAAUGAAAUAACCCUAUACAUACCAGGCCCACCGAAACCGCGUCCACAUCCACGCUCGAGUGCUUUUUCAAUGACGACGCCUGCAGCAGCAACCUCUGUGGCAGAAAACCAAAGGAUUCCUCUAGUUGAACUACAGCCUGCCUAUCAAAAACCGCAGCAACAACAACCACAAUCACCCUCGACAAUCACAGAAGAAUGGCGAAAACUAAAAAGUAGCCAAUGUAAUGUUGUGUUUGGGAAUAAUGGACUAACUAGAGUCGCAACGACGACGACCACAAAAAGCUUCAAAACUAUACCACGUUUGAAGAGAUCUGCCGGUUCAACAGCAACUUAUUAUCCAACGUUAUUACUGCAUGGUCAACAACAUCAAAAUAAUAUUAAAAAGACACCUCUAUAUAAAAACGAUGACAUCAAGACAAAUUCACCUAAUCAAGAACCACGAUUUGCUUCCUCGUCGUCAGGAAAUCACAAACUCGAAUGGAAUUCGACACCAAUGAAUCAUCCAAAAUUCGUAAACUUGAAUAACACUGGACAAGUUUUGCCAAAAUCAAUAUUAUUUAAAAAAACGGCCAUCAUGGCAAUGUACAAGAACUUUUACAUGCAGUCAUCAAAGACUUCUGGAUUCUUUAUUGCAAGAAAUUGUUCUGAUGAGGCUGGAAAUGAUGAUGAAUUAGUUGUGGAUCGGUUUGAUGCCGGACGAAAGAUAAAGAUAUGUGGUGGUAGUGAUGAUGAGAUCAAAGAGCAGCUUCAGCCUACUAUUUUGAUGGAUCGAGAUGUUGCGAUAAAAGUUUUCAAAUUAGAAUCAUCGGAAUUAAAGCAAAAUAAUAAUUAUUCUUUUCAAACAGAACAUUUUAAGUGUGCUUUGGAUGAUCUUCGAACAGAACUUUUAUUGGAUGAUAGAGGUGUAUCUUCUAACAAAUGGUCAAGCAGCAGACUAGUAGCUAGUUGUACUUAUGAUACUCUAAGUGACUCACUGAUGAUAAUUUAUCAUGAAUUAAGGAUUGUAAAUGUACAAUUAAUAUUAACACAAGUUACCGGAUUUGAUGAUAUUUUAGCAUCAAGACAAACUCUAUCUCUACCAUCCAAAUCCUCCAACAGCAGCGGUAUAUGGUGGUUAAAUUCAAGUACAGAUGACCAAAUUUCAUUUUCUUCUAUUUUUUCUGUUAAAUAUCUAAAGUCACCAUCAUUUAUAAUGGACGGAAUUUGGAUGAAAAUCGGAACCAAUGAGUCUACGAUACCGAAUUGUUGUCUUCGACAUAUUUUGAGAAAUGGUUUGAUUGAGAAAAGCCCGCAUUUCUUUAGGGAGAAUUUGAAAGUUAUUUGUAUAUCUAAAGAAUAUGAUGACGAUAAAGAAAAUAGUAAUAAUAUUAACACAGUUGUAUUUUAUGAAUGCAAGUUUCAGUUUGGCGAUUCUAUUCUUGAUGUGUCCUUGGGCUCCACAACUAUUUCUAUGAAAAAAAUUGAAUCAUCAUCAUCAUUAUCGGGGACCCCACCACUGGCAUGGCUACUAAACUUGGUACAGAUCAAUACAAUAGUGGAUACGAGUUUCGUAAAUGCAAUGAAUAAACCAAUUGAAGAGAGGUCAGGAGGGCUAGAUAUGCCUCGAAGCACCACAACUACUAAAACCAUGUCCCGAUCCCAAAAUUCAGAUCAAACAAAAAAAUCAGAUACAAAAGUGUCAGCUUCAUUGUUCCAGAAACAACAAUCAGCACCAACAUUAAAAGUGAUAACACCGGAAACAAUACAACAAAUGAUUUUCGUGCAUCAACAGAAAUGUCUGGACUUUUUGCAGAAACAAACGGAAAUUCUUCAAGCACAAAUUUUCGGUGCGUUACUUUCCUCAAAUGAUGUCGCUGCUGCGCAAAUCGGGACAUCAAUGGCACAUCAUUAUAAUCAGUCCUCCUCGUCAAUAAUGGCAACUGCUUCAAAUACUCGAAUAUUUACUCAUCAUCAACAGUCUGUUGGCAUGGAUCCGGAUUACGGUGAAGACGAUGAUGAUUUCUUCGAUUAUAAUGUUUCAAUGAACAAAAAGACAAUGCGCUGUGAUCUUGGAAAUAACCAAACAUUUAUAAAGACCGAGACAACCAUUAUCGGCAGGAACAAUAAUAACCUCCACAACUACAAUAAUAACAAUCAUUAUUAUUACAGAGAAAAACAUGAGAAUAACCAUAUUGAUCCAGAGAUAUACAACGAAAUUACUAGCCAACAACAACGAUUCAGAACCUUUGACGAGUUGAUGGUGACGAAUAAUAACAAUGAGAAUAUUGAUAAUGGUCCAUCACCGUACCACGAUGUCGAAUCAAAAAUGGCAUUAGCAGCAUCACGUCAUGAUCAAAUAAGUAAUAACACCUACAGGCGAGAUGAUCGAAAUAGCCAGAAUUUUAAAGAGCUUAUCGGGAAAUUUGUUAAUGAUCCGGAACAGAGUUUUAUAUUAAAGGAUUCUUCCUCCAAUUUUAAUAAUAACAAAUGA